AUGGCGGGAUUAAUGGGCGCGGGUUUCUUGCCCACCAUCAAAUGUUCCAACUGUGGGCUGAGGGUCGAGAUUUCGGAGAUGGGGGAUCACAUCUGCAAACCCUCACCUGCGCCUCCGUCUCCGUCUCCCUCGCCGCCUCCUCCACCUCCCCCGAAAUCCGACCAUGAGCCGCAACCUCAGGGUUCAAUGCCAACGUACCUCAGAAACAUAUCCGGGCCCAGGCGACCGGGACCACCACCGCGAAUUGAUCCGUCAUUAGCCAAUCGACCGUUUAUACACACCGAUGGACGUCUUUCGAGAAAGGGAAAGGAUUCUCUCACCCCGCCGCCUCUCUCAGUGCCAAAUGGACAACGAUCUCCAUUUCAUGCGCCGCAGCAGAUUCGGAUCCCACUGCUCGACGGACCCGACUCACCUGAAGUGAUCAAACCAGUCGGGGAUCUGCCUGCCUUUCCGUUACCACGCUCAAUGUCUCGAAAACGACUCGAUGCGCUGGCCCAGCUGCAGUCGGCUCAGACGGCUCAAUCAGUCCCCUCAUCGGAGUUCGCCAGUGCGAUGGCCAAAGCGGCGGACCGACACUCGCAGAGUACGCGCUCAUCAUCAUCAGGAACUAACUCCAUCACCAAGGUCGGCGAUCUGCCUCUCACGACCACAAUCCACCAUAGACGUGGAGAUUCCAUCGAUAGCAGAAGUAGCUAUGGGACUUCUGCGGGAAGCUCGAGGUAUGGAGACAAUAGCUCCAAGCGAUCGACAGCCAUGUCUAGUCGGCGACCGUCCCUCGGAAGCAUCGCCCAAGAUCACCAUCACUUCCCCGAAGAAUCGUCUUCGCUGCACGUGACCACGCUCGAACCCUUGAUGGAGCAUUCGUCUGCCUCGGAGCAGCAAGCGGGCGUAGACAGCCAACAGCACGAGCCCAAGAGCGCUGGCUUUGGUGGUUUUGAUUUAGGGGUGUCAGCACCAACAGCAGCAGCGACGACAACAACAACUACUACUACUACUCCUACUACCCAGACGGAGACCGAGAAACCAUACCCCGAUCCAUUGCGUGUUUCCUCCCACACCCAGUCCGACCGUCUGAGCAGUACGCGUGGAUCGGUGGAACUGUUCUUUCGAAGCCCGUCGCAGAGCUCGUUUGGUCUCCCUGCCGAUUGGUUGGACCCUACGGAUGCGCGAUCUUCAUCCUCAUCUUCCACAAACAUCGAAUACAAAGCCUUUCGACCUUCCGGGUCCAAUUACCUCCAACCAGCUGUACAGCCGUCAGACUCCAAGGAUGUGCCGAGCAGAAGCGCCACCGGCAGCAGCGAGAGCAACACAUCGGUAUCCAAGUUUGCGCGUGCGCUCGGGCUAGAUCUUCCUGGUCAUGCAGCAGACAAUUCAACUUCCUCCUCUGAUUCCUCGCCAUCUGAGACGCGAAGUGGAACUUCUCUAUCUAGCCUACCAUCGGAAGCGAGUCUAUCCCGGCGUAAGAUGUCGGAGACGGUUGGACUGAGGGGUGUGGUUCAGGACUUGCCGGACAAGGCCAACCAGCAGACGGUGUUACCAGCAUCCAACCAGACAGAGAGCCCGGUCGAUCUCGAGCCGCCACGGAUUUCGGAAGCGUUGUUUAGUCCCGACUCCCCGACCGAUCCCGCCAUCAAUCAAGGCAGUCUGUCCCUGGUGGUAGAAAGGACAGCCAAACCCCUUCAGGAUGCACCCCCGGUGCGACCUACCAUUGCCCGAUCGGCGACAGAACCGCCUGUCCGACCCCCGCCUCGUUCGAAAGGCCGCUGUCGGGGAUGCGGAGAAACGAUUAUUGGUAAAUCCGUUUCCUCCAAGGACGGCCGGCUGACGGGACGAUAUCAUCGCGACUGCUUCGUCUGUUGCCAUUGUCGAUCUCCGUUCGAAACGGCCGACUUUUACGUCCUGAACGACCGGCCGUACUGUGCACAACACUACCACGAACUGAACGGCUCCCUGUGCAGCGGCUGUAACAAGGGGAUCGAGGGCCAGUAUCUCGAAACCGACGAGAGAACCGGCCGGGGACCGGGGGACUGUCAGAAAUUCCAUCCUGAAUGCUUGACCUGCCGGACCUGCCGGAUCCCCUUGAAAGGCGAAUACUUCGAGUGGAAUGGCCGGGUCUACUGCGAACGAGACGCUCGUCGAGCUGCUGCCUCGAUGUCGCCCCACCGUCCCCAGCGGCCGACGAUGCCCUCCUCACCUUUGGCGUCACAUCCCCCCAACUACCCCCCUAUGCCUUCUGGCUACCCUCGAAGCCCCGGCCCUGGGUUUGGUCCGGGUCCGGGUCCUCGCCGUCCUCCUGGAACCCUGGAUGUCCCCCGCGGACCACCACCGAGCGCACGACGGUUCCCCGAGAGACGGACGACCCGAUUAAUGAUGAUAUGA